GGGGAGGAUGCUGGGGAGGAUGACGGGGCGUUGAAUUCGGACUUUGAGUUUGAUGCCGGGACUGCGGCUCAGAAGGACGUGGUGGAAGGGUUCGAUGGAUGGGGACUAGGUGAUACAAAGGACGAUGCAAAGAAGAAUGGAGACAAACAGGGAGUGGAUAUUGACGAGAUCAUAUCGAGGAGGCAAGCGAAGAAAGAGGCUCAGUCGAAAAAGAAGCAGAAGAAACAGGAGGUUGAGAGCGAAGAGGAGGACCAUGAAAAUGAGGAUGAUGCCUCGGAUGGAGGCAUGUCUGUGGAUUUCCAGGACGAUGAAUUGAUGGCUGAAGAUGGGUUCGGCAUGGGUGCUGACAGCGAGGAUGAGAGCGGGCAGUCUGAUGCUCAAGAGUCGGGCAGCGAGGAUGAGCAUGCAGGCAGCGAAGAUGAGAAUAGCGAUGAUGACGACGAUGCCGCCUCUGACAACGACUCUGUCGCAACUCCCGUCCAGCAUCCCGAUGAUGUUGCUUCAGACAACGAUGGCUCGGAUGCCGAGAGUGAAGUCGAUGCGGAAGAAGAAGCAAAGCGCAAGGCCUUCUUCGCACCUGAGGAGCAGACCAGUGAACAAUCUGCAGCUGAGCUGUCUAAGAGGUCAUUUCAGGAAUUUAACCUAUCCCGACCUAUUCUGCGUGGAUUGGCUGCGGUCAACUUCACAAACCCAACUCCUAUCCAGCGCAAGACAAUCCCCGUGGCACUUCUCGGCAAGGAUAUUGUUGGUAGUGCAGUGACUGGUUCAGGAAAGACGGCUGCCUUCGUUGUUCCCAUCCUUGAGCGUCUUCUGUUCCGCCCUCGAAAGGUCCCUACUAGCCGUGUCGCGAUCCUGAUGCCCACUCGUGAACUGGCUGUACAGUGCUACAAUGUGGCUACUAAACUUGCUACUUAUACUGAUAUCACGUUCUGUCAACUUGUUGGUGGUUUCAGUCUCCGUGAGCAAGAGAAUAUCCUGAAGAAGCGCCCUGAUGUGAUCAUUGCCACACCUGGUCGUUUCAUUGACCACAUGCGUAACUCUGCGAGCUUUACUGUUGAUACCCUUGAGAUUUUGGUCUUGGAUGAAGCCGAUCGGAUGCUGGAGGAUGGUUUCGCAGAUGAGCUGAACGAAAUUCUGACUACCAUUCCAAAGUCGCGGCAGACGAUGCUCUUUUCGGCAACCAUGACCGAUUCAGUGGACAAGCUCAUUCGAGUGGGACUUAACCGGCCUGUAAGACUUAUGGUAGACUCUAAGAAGAACACAUCCAUGAACCUAGUUCAGGAAUUUGUGCGUUUACGACCUGGAAGGGAGGAUAAGCGAUUGGGAUACCUUCUUCACCUAUGCAAAGAAGUUUACACGGGACGAGUCAUUGUGUUCUUCCGGCAGAAGAAAGAAGCACAUCGUGUACGGAUUGUCUUUGGGCUCCUUGGGUUGAAGGCCGCUGAGCUUCACGGUAGCAUGAGUCAAGAACAGCGUAUAAGAAGCGUUGAGAAUUUCCGUGAGGGCAAGGUCUCUUUCCUACUGGCUACCGAUCUGGCGGCUCGUGGUUUAGAUAUUAAAGGUGUGGAAACAGUCAUUAACUACGAAGCUCCUCAAAGCCAUGAGAUCUACCUGCAUCGAGUCGGUCGUACUGCUCGUGCUGGUCGCUCUGGUCGAGCCUGCACGAUCGCUGCCGAGCCAGAUCGCAAGGUGGUGAAGGCAGCUGUCAAGGCUAGCAAGGCGCAGGGAGCGAAGGUCGCGAGCCGAGUUGUCGACCCAGCCGUCGCCGACGGAUGGGCUAAGACGGCCAAGGAUCUUGAGGGUGAAAUUGACGCAGUGCUCGAAGAGGAGAAGAUAGAAAAGCAGCUAGCACAAGCGGAGAUGCAGGUGACGAAGAGUGAGAAUAUGAUUAAGCACGAAGCGGAAAUUAUGUCGCGACCAAAGCGCACAUGGUUUGCAAGUGAACGUGAAAAGAUUCUCUCUAAGAAGGCCGGGGCCGCAGAACUCAAUGGAUUGGAUUCUGUGAAGUCGAAGAAGGACAAGGUGAAACUAAGCAAUAAGGACAAGAAACGACUCGACGACGCCCGCCAGCGUAACGAAGGAAAUAUUGGAUGGAAGAAGGGCAAGGUGGACCGAGAAUCUCAGAAGCAAGGGAAGAUUCAGAAGAGCAAGAAGGAUAAUAAAAAGAAGGGCAAGAAAUGAGGGAAAUGAAGAGUCGAACAUUGAUAGUUACCAGCCUACCUCUGCUUUAGAACUCUUAACUUGCCUGUAUAUAUGUAUGCAUUCAUUACCUCAUACUUCUGGAUAUCGUUUUAAAAUUAGGGUUAUUUUCAUUUGCUAACUCGCGACAAUGAAAAACCAUAAGCUUAACCUAAUAUCCGUUAUCUUUGGACCUCGCCAUGG